AUGAGUUCGAAUAACGCUAUUGUUUUAAAGAAGUAUAUUGAUCCUACUGAAGGAUAUCCCAAAAUUGGAGAACACUUCGGUUUGGAAGAACGUCCUUACAAUUUGGAAGCUGUCAAGGUUGAUGAAGAGCAUCCUUUACUUUUGAGAAACAUUUACACUUCUAUCGAUCCCUACAUCCGUAUUCGCAUGCAAAAUCCUAAGUACAAGAGUUAUUUGCCAUCCUUGGAAUUAGGACAAGCGAUUCCAAACUUAACGCUUGCUGAAGUUGUCAAGUCUGCAGUUCCAGAACACAAGACGGGUUCCCAUGUCGUUUUCUUGAGCGGUUGGGAAGAGUAUACACUUGUGCCUAAACAGGCUAUGGGCAUGGUCAAAACUAUCAAUAACGAAUACAAUUUGCCUUUGAUGACCUUCGUGGGUGCUUUGGGAAUGCCCAGUCAAACCGCAUAUGUUGGACUCAAGCAUAUUGGACAACCCAAGGCAGGUGAGACCAUUUACGUCUCUGCAGCAUCUGGUGCUGUUGGUCAAGUGGUGGGUCAAUUGGCGAAAUCUAUGGGCUUGUACGUUGUAGGAAGUGCUGGAUCGGAUGAGAAACUCGCCCAUUUGAAGGACAUUGGAUAUGAUGCAGUUUUUAACUAUAAAAAGGAAAAUGUCCAUGACGCUCUUCCUCGUGUCUGUCCUAAGGGCAUCGACAUUUACUUUGAGAAUGUCGGAGGCGAAACAAUGGACGCCGUGCUCUUAAACGCAAACUUCCACGCUCGUAUCAUUUUUUGCGGUUGCAUCAGUCAAUACAACAACCCCAAUCCUUAUGGUUUGAAGAAUUAUCCCCAACUCCUUACCAAGAGUAUUAAGAUCGAAGGCUUCAUUGUCUUCAACUUGUUGCCUCUCUACCAAGAGGAAUACUUCCGUGAAAUGCCCAAACUGAUUGCCGAAGGAAAGCUCAAAUACAAGUAUGAUGUUUACAUGGGUUUGGGUUCUGUUCCUGAAGGCUUGCUUGCUGUCCUUCAAGGAAACAACUUUGGCAAGGCACUUUCCAAGAUUGCCGAUGAGUAA